GAGGGGGUAUAUUGCUUUGCUCAUGUCGGUCGGUCGGUCGGUAGGUCGGUCGGUCGGUCCGUCCACCAGGUGGUUGUCGUAUGAUAACUCAAGAACGCUUGGGGCUAGGAUCAUGAAACUUCAUAGGUACAUUGAUCAUGACUCGCAGAUGACCCCUAUUGAUUUUGAGGUCACUAGGUCAAAGGUCAAGGUCACGGUGACCCGAAAUAGUAAAAUGGUUUCCGGAUGAUAACUCAAGAACGCAUACGCUUAGGAUCAUGAAACUUCAUGGGUAGAUUGAUCAUGACUCGCAGAUGACCCCUAUUGAUUUUGAGGUCACUAGGUCAAAGGUCAAGGUCACGGUGACCCGAAAUAGUAAAAUGGUUUCCGGAUGAUAACUCAAUAACGCAUACGCCUAGGAUCAUGAAACUUCAUGGGUAGAUUGAUCAUGACUCGCAGAUGACCCCUAUCAAUUUUGAGGUCACUAGGUCAAAGGUCAAGGUCACGGUGACCCGAAAUAGUAAAAUGGUUUCCGGAAGAUAACUCAAGAACGCAUACGCCUACUAGGAUCAUGAAACUUCAUGGGUAGAUUGAUCAUGACUUGCAGAUGACCCCUAUUGUUUUUGAGGUCACUAGGUCAAAGGUCAAGGUCACGGUGACCUGAAAUAGUAAAAUGGUUUUCAGAUGAUAACUCAAGAACGCAUACGCCUAGGAUCAUGAAACUUCAUAGGUAGAUUGAUCAUGACUUGCAGAUGACCCCUAUUGAUUUUGAGGUCACAAGGUCAAAGGUCAAGGUCACAGUGACCCGAAAAAGUAAAAUGAUUUUUGGAUGAUAACUCAAGAACGCUUUUGCCUAGGAUCAUGACACUUCAUAGGUACAUUGAUCGUGACUCGCAGAUGACCCCUAUUGAUUUUCAGGUCACUAGGUCAAAGGUUAAGGUCACAGUGACAAAAAUCGUACUCACACAAUGGCUGCCACUACAAUGGACAGCCCAUAUGGGGGGCAUGCAUGUUUUACAAACAGCCCUUGUUUAACUUUAAAUACAUAGGUUAACCUGAUCCAGUGUAGAAAAUAGAACACAUUGCAUAAUUAAAUUAUCUGUUGCCUUGAAUUUGUUAUAAAAACAGUAAAAUAGGUUAAAUUGAUUAUUUAAGACUUUCCUUAUUUUCCCCAAAAUCCGGCAUUCACAUGAUUUUUUCCCCAAUAUCUGGCAUUUCGCGCGAUUUUUUUCCCCUCAAAAAAGGCCAGGCCCUUUCCCCAAAAUCAGAUAAAAUUCCCUCGUUCACUGUUAUUUGCACCCUGGCCAGCCCCGGAAGCAACAGGUUUGGUGAUUCCAUGUGACUACAUCAUAGCCUGUGCGGAGAAUGACUUAAAUAUCAUCUCUGAUCUCUGAUGCCAUAGAUAGUAUGCCAGAGAAGGAGGCAAUGCAGAUACAAAAGAUGUUAAAAAAAAAGACGCAAAACAAAAGAAAGAAUGGCCAACUCAACCAUAGAAAUAUUCAACAUCUAUGUGGAGGGUAAGACAAUUGCAUGCAUAAAAGACACCUUGUCCAAAAACAGCGCCUACUUUCAUGCAAUGUUCAACAGUGGAAUGAAGGAAGCCCAGAAUAACGAAGUUACCCUUCAUGGACAGAAUGCUGAGAUCAUCUCUAUCCUUGUCGACUUCAUGACAUCAGGGGAGCUCACUCUGUCAUCAGAUCUAGUUUUCCACAUCCUAGAUGCUGCCUUGAUGCUUCAGAUAGAGGCUGCUGUGAGCACCUGCCAGUCGUAUCUACUGACGACGCUGGAUGAUGCUACCUGCCUGCAGCUGGCGUCUACUGCUAGAGCCUACCUGCUCCAAGACUUGUACAACCAGGCCUGGAGACACAGCCUCUUCUACUUUACCUCUGUGAUCAAGCAACCACAGUUCUAUGACCUUGAUGUCGAUAUGCUUCAGGAGUUUCUGUCAGAAGAAACUCUUAACUGUGAAAGAGAAAUGGUGGUCCUGGAAGCAAUUCACAGCUGGUACAUGCACAACCCAAUGCUCAGGGCUGCUAAUCUUCCACCACUUCUCGGUUGUGUGCAAUGCUCAGACUUCCAGGAAGAGGAGUGGGAUGCCAUCGCUUCACAUCCCUUGGUCACAGACAUAGAGCAGGGUGCUGCAUGGUAUGACAGAAUCCUUCAAACAAAAGGGACACUUUCUCAGAGGAAGUGUCGCCGGGUGCCUACAAGCAUCCUCUUGCUUGGUGGGGAAUAUUUCAACAAAGACAGGGAAUGUAACGAGCCCCAGGAUGCUGUGUUGCAGCUCCUGCCAGGAGAGAACUUGUUCAAACCAGUCAAGAAACUAUCUGAGCUGUACAAAGAGAUCUCAACCAACAUGGGAUUUCGGACUAUUGUUGUUGGCAAGGACCUGUACCUUACGGGAGGAGUUGUAAACUUUGUACAAUGCAAGUUUUUCAUGGACGUGGUGAGGUAUGAUGGCUUUAGUGACCAGUGGAGCGUAGCAACCACGCUGCCGUUACCACGACGAAAUCACGCUGCAUGCUGUACUGGCAACAGCCUUUAUCUCAUUGGUGGAUUCGGGAAAUACCGGAAGAAACUGUGCAGUGUGCAACAGUAUGAUACAGAGAUAGGUGAGUGGAAGGAUCUGCCGCCACUUCCCCGGGAAUGUAACACGUGGCAGGCCGCAUGCAGUCCCAGAACCCUGUAUGUGCUCAUGGACCUCUGUUUCUGCAUACUCCAACUAGGAGACUCAGUCUGGGGCAUGUAUGAAGCAUCCCAACCCAUGGAUAGUAUUAACCUGCUCAGUACACCUAUUUAUUUAGAUGGGAAACUGUAUUUGUUUCCUGAAAAGAAGGACACUUUUUCAAGUUUUACAUGUUCCACAGCCAAAGAUGAUAUUUUGUGUGAGAAUGAAAAGGAAGAUGAAUCCAACGCAUUUAACAAUUUCCCACUUAGAAAGUGGAUGACGAGAUGGUACUACUCUGGUGAAAGACUUGGUAAAAGUGUAAGCGUGUUCAACGGACGGUUCUACACAGUGACCGACGAUGAAGAGCCAAGCCUGGUGGAGAUAGAAGUCAAUGGGCAUUGCGUUACAACAACCAAGCUAACCUCAGCUGUACCUGGCUGUGACUCGGCUCUCAUAGUAACCCUUCCUUGCUACCCACUAUUCACAGUACCACCCUCUGAAAAAUCAACACAUUUAUUAUUACGAAAACAGUAUGGUAGUCGUGGUACAGGACAGUAAACAUGCUCUGUGCUGGUGAAAACAUUGCUGAAAAGGUAUUCAAACUUGUAUGGUAAUACUGGACCGGUAAAACAGCGGGUUGCAUAAUUAUUCUUUUCCAUUAUCAUAAAUUUAACUGAUUGAUAAUAAAGAAUAAAUAACUUAAAUAUUUAUGAUAUUUGUGAAUUUCAUAUUAUUCUUAAAUACUGGCAGUAGUCAUAUAAUAAAAGAUCAUAGACAUCUACAUGAUUUAGUUCACAGGGGCACAGCUUGGCUCUCACCAUGGGACUAGGGCUAUGAUUUGUUAUACUUAAAAUAGUGCCAAUCUAUAUGAUUGCAGCGGUACAUCCUUCAUAUGCAAUCUAAUAAUCAAAUCGCCCAACCUUUCAUCUGUCCUUCCAUCUGUCUGUAUGUCUGCCUGCCGGCCGGCCAGUCGGUCAGUCUUCUAAUGCAGAGAAUCACUAAAGAUUAUAAAAAUUGAAGGGAUUGAAAAAAAACACCAUGUAAUAAUAAAGGGCGUUGAGGGGAAGGGCUAAGAACAAGGGCCAUAACUCAAUGAAGGAUUAUAGAGUAAUUUCCCUUAAGUCAUUUUUUUUCGAGCUUUGCACAAUUCAUUAAGUAUUUAGAGUACUUUGAUAGAUGACAUAUAGAGGAUGUGUAGAGUUCAAGAACAACAACCCUUUUUGGUAAAAGUGUUUUUGGAGUUAUUUCCCUUCACUUUAUUUGUAAGCAGUCUUUUUUUAUACUUGUAUAAAGCAUACUUCAGGAAGUAUACAAUGCUCACCUUAUUGUUUUUAUGCUCCCCGAACAUUUUCAGGGGGCAUAUAGUUGCCAGUUUGAAGUUCCUUACUUACUUCCUUCCUUCCGUCACACUUUUGUUACAGUUUCUCAUAGCGCCGUUAAUAUUUUACCGAUCUCUUACAUAUUUGGCAUGUAGGUACCUUGUAUGGACCUCUAUCUUUUGAUGAGGUUUGAGGUAACUGGGGUCAAGGUCACAGAGGCUAAUAAUUAAUUUGUUCGUCAUAAUUUUGUUACAGUUUCUCAUAGCGCCUUCAAUAUUUCACAGAUCUCUUACAUAUUUGGCAUGUACCUCUACCUUUUGAUGAGGUUUGAGGUAGCUGGGGUCAAGGUCACCAAAGCUAAUAAUAGAUUUUUCCGUCACAAUUUUGUUACAGUUUCUCAAAGCACCUUCAAUAUUUUACCGAUCUCUUACAUAUUUGUCAUGUAGGUACCUUGCAUGGACCUCUACCUUUUGAUGAGGUUUGAGGUCACUGGGGUCAAGAUCAAGGUCACGGAGGCUAAUAAUAGAUUUUUCAGUCACAAUUUUGUUACAGUUUCUCAUAGCGCCUUCAAUAUUUUACUGAUCUCUUACAUAUUUGGCAUGUAGGUACCUUGCAUGGACCUCUACCUUUUGAUGAGGUUUGAGGUCACUGGGAUCAAGGUCACCGAGGCUAACAAUAGAUUUUUUUAGGUGGUUAUUAACUCAUAGAUUGACAAAGCGCAUCAUCAGGGAGCAUCCAUCAGUUUCACUGAUAUUCUUGUUAAACUCAAAUGCUAAAUUGAUGCCUUAUGAACAAAUGUUAUAAGGUAAAUUAAAUGUUGAUGAAAGAAUGUU